AUGGGCAAAAAGAAAACAAAGGUAAGUAAACCAAAAGAAGCUGAUGUGUAUGAGUUCACAUUUGAUCCUACUGAAGAAGCAAAACUGCCAAAAAAGAAACCUAAAAAGCCUGCAGUAAAAAAACAAAACAAUGCUAAACCUAAAGCUUUGCCUUCAUACAAAAGAGUUUACGAUCAAAACAUAUCUAAAGCUUUAUCAGCCUUAAGGAAAGCAAUCAAGCCAUCACAAACUAAAGAAACUGUCAAGUUGCCUCAAAUACAAGAAACUUGCAAUGAAAUCACAAAAAGCAAAGUACGAAAUGGUAAAAGUAAUGUGGAUGGAGAAGAAAACGCCGUUACUCCUAUGAAUGACACAGGGAAAGCAUCAGUACAUGAAUUAAAUUACCCGUCAAUAAGAAUCGAAGAUAUAGCUGCCGAUAUUGAACCAAGUGUUAUCCACCAUGAAAAUCUUAACUAUUCACCUGUUAAUUCACCAAGACCACAGAGUUGUGUUGUUAAUUCUGUAUUGACUCCACUACAAAGCUCUGAAAGAGUUAGUAGUGACCCCCUAAACUUACAACCAGAUGUUAGUUUCUUUGAUGAUGUACCUGUCGCAAAUAGUAGCAUGAUUAUGUCUGUGAGAGAUCCUUUAGCAAGUCCAUGGAGAGUAGAGUUUGGCAGUCUGCCAAUAAAAUGGCAUAGCAACACUUACAUGAAGGCAAAUAUGACACCAGCGGUUGAAAGCUCCUUCAUCUGUACAGAGGAUCAUAAUAAAAAGAAACAUGUGUACACAAAUAUGUUGGGUGAUAUAAGUGAAUCAUUGCCUCAGGUAGUUUCUGAUACUCCAGUCUUAAAGCAAACUAGCAUUUUGUCAUUUAUAAGAGAAGUUGCUGAAAAGAAAGCUAAAAAGAAACGAGGGAGAUCUGUUUCACCCACGAAAGCAAUGACGGUUGAUUUUACCAAUAAAAAUGUUGAAUUGAAUGUAACUAGUAAAGAACAAACUGAAAAGGUAGAUAAUAAUCCAAUUUCUCCUGAAGAAGUAUCUAGACCAAUUGAUACAUUAAAUGAAACAGAUAAUUCAAAAGAGGAAAGAAAGAUGAGAAAACGUAAGAAUGAUAAAAAUGUUUGUAAAAGGCCAACAAAAUCUCCCCACAAGCAGAAAGAUAAAGAUUGUACUUAUUUUGGAUUUGAUGAUAGUGAGGAUCAGGAGAAUCUGUCACCUUCUAAACUUAAAGUUAAACCCACUGGUCGGUCUCUGAGGCUUAAAGGCAGGGCUGUACUUCAGGAAAUCAAUGGCCCAACUAGAGCAGCGCUGCCUACUGCAGCAAAAUCUAAAGUAGUAACCAGUGCUGACGCUGUAAAUAAAGUGUAUGAGGGGUUGAAAUCAGCAGCUGAGGCACCUGUCUUCCCUGAAAAGAAUGUUGAAAGUAAUUUGACUAAUUUAGAAGACCUUGCUGCAGAUGAUUCACAGUCUGUCCAUUUGUUUGAGGACAUUGAAGUAGUUCAUCAUUUAAAGCCAAUCCGUAAAAGCUAUGGUAAGCCCAAGAGAGUGACAUUCCGCCAACCAUCAAAUGGCCAUUCAACAGAAGGUAAAACAGGUCAGGACGGAGACUCUAGCUUUGAAGAUGAUCUUGCAGACCUCACAUUUGAAGUACCUGAUGUUCAGGAAAAGAAAAAAGCUAAAAAGAGGCCUAAAAAACUAAUGUCAAAAAAAGAGGAAAAAGAAGCUGAAGAAUGGGCAGCUGGCUUCAAUUCAAUGUGUGAAGAAAUAGAACAGUUCCCUCUGAUGGUUGAGUGA